CUCAAACACUUCAUGUCUAGUGCCUAGCUCUCCAUUGGUCGUGGAGCCAUGGCCGGCGGCGGCGAGGGCUCGGCGGCGGCGGUGGCGAUGUGCACGCCGGCGUUCGCGGCGCGGGUGGCGCGGAGCCGGUGGUUCGUGGUGUUCGCGUCGAUGGUGGUGAUGGCGGCGUCCGGGUCGACGUACAUCUUCGCGCUCUACUCCAAGGAGCUCCGGUCGGCGCUGGGGUACAACCAGCAGACGCUCAACACGCUGAGCUUCUUCAAGGACCUGGGCACCAACGUCGGCGUGGUCUCCGGCCUCGUCCAGCAGGUGGCGCCGACGUGGGCGGUGCUGCUCAUCGGCGCCGCCAUGAACCUCGCCGGGUACCUCAUGAUCUACCUCGCGCUGGAGCGGCGCACGGCGGCGCCGCCGGUGUGGCUCAUGUGCGCGUACAUCUGCGUGGGCGCCAACGCGCUCACCUUCUCCAACACCGGCGCGCUCGUGUCGUGCGUCAAGAACUCGCCGGAGAGCCGGGGCAUCGUCAUCGGCCUGCUCAAGGGCUUCGUGGGGCUCAGCGGCGCCAUCUACACGCAGCUCUACCUCGCCAUCUACGGCGACGACGCCAGGUCGCUGGUGCUGCUCAUCGCGUGGCUCCCCGCCGCCGUCUACAUCUUCUUCGUCCACACCAUCCGGGUGCUGCCCUACCGCCGCCGCCGCGACGGCGAGGAGCUCGACAGCGGGCCAUUCUUCUGCUUCCUCUACAUCUCCAUCGCGCUCGCCGCCUACCUGCUCGUCAUGAUCGUCGUGCAGAAGCAGGUCCGCUUCUCCCACCCAGCCUACGUCGUCGGCGCCACCGCGCUCCUCAUCAUCCUCUUCCUCCCGCUCGCCGUCGUCAUCAGGGAGGAGCACAAGGCCGCCUCCCAGCUCGAGCAAUCGCUCCAGCACCCGCCCUCCAUCGCCGUCGAACAGCCCACGAAAGCCGCCGCCGACGACGACGGCGCCGGCAUGGCCGUCGUCUCCUCCUCGUCCAAGCCGGCGGCGGCGUGCGGCGGCUGUGGAUGGAUCAGGAACAUGUUCCGGCCGCCGGAGCUGGGGGAGGACUACAGCAUCAUGCAGGCGCUGGUGAGCGUGGAGAUGCUGGUGCUGUUCGUGGUGUCCGUGUUCGGGAUCGGCGGCACGCUGACGGCGAUCGACAACAUGGCGCAGAUCGGGCAGUCGCUGGGCUACCCGGCGAAGAGCAUCAACACCUUCGUCUCCCUCAUCAGCAUCUGGAACUACGCCGGCCGCGUCGGCGCCGGCUACCUGUCGGAGAUGCUCCUCUCCCGGUACCGGUUCCCGCGGCCGCUGGCGCUCACCGCCGUGCUCCUCGUCUCCUGCGUCGGCCACCUCCUCAUCGCCUUCGGCGUCCCGCAGUCGCUCUACGCCGCCUCCGUCAUCAUCGGCUUCUGCUUCGGCGCGCAGUGGCCGCUCCUCUUCGCCAUCAUCUCCGAGGUGUUCGGCCUCAAGUACUACUCCACGCUCUUCAACUUCGGCUCCGCGGCGAGCCCCAUCGGCGCCUACGUGCUCAACGUCCGCGUCGCCGGCCGCAUGUACGACGCCGAGGCGGCCAGGCAGCACGGCGGCGUCGCCGUCGCCGGCGACAAGAUCUGCAAGGGGGUGCAGUGCUUCAAGCACUCCUUCCUCAUCAUCACCGGCGUCACCUUCGCCGGCGCGCUCGUCUCGCUCCUGCUCGUCUGGAGAACCAGAAGCUUCUACAAGGGGGACAUCUACGCCAAGUUCAAGGUGGCGCCGGCCGCCGCCACGGCCACACCGGAGGCGGAGGAGAAGACCAAGAAAGAUGGAGCUCAUGAGUCUAACUGAUGGAUGACUAAUUAACCUAUACUUUUCAGUUAAUUUGAACACAAUUUAGAGGCAAUUAGUGGGAAGAUGAAAAAGUUUGUGUAUGAUUUACUGGUGAACCAGUGUAAUUUCUGUGUUAAAUGUGACAAGUUAAAGAUGAGUUUUCAGUCUGGUCAA